AUGCGGGCACCCGGGUGCAGGCCGUGCAGCCAUUUCCUCGUGUUGGUCUGUCGGGAGAGCGUGCUGGGCACCAGGGCCCGAAGGGCGGAGGAUGCGCUGCGGGUCCCGCCGCCCCGCGAGGCCGCAGAUUUGCGGCUCCCCACUGCACCUGUCGCCGCCGGGUUAGGUGGCGGCCCCAGGCCCCGGGAGCGAUACUUAUGGGGGGCCAGUGCGCUCGGGGCCCCGGGGGCCCCCGCCUGGGUCGCACUGGACGAGCUGUCCCGGAACUUCACCUACGGGGCGGAGGGCUCCGGCAACGGCUCCCUGUCGGGCGAGUGGUACCGCAGGAACCAGAUUCACCUUUUUGGAGUUUUGUUGGCCAUUUUAGGAAAUUUGGUAAUCAGCAUUUCUCUAAAUAUUCAGAAAUAUUCUCAUCUUCAGUUGGCACACCAAGAGUACCCGAGACCACUCUUGAAGAGCGUGUCCUGGUGGGGUGGGGUCCUCCUCAUGGUCGUGGGAGAGACUGGAAACUUUGCUGCCUAUGGAUUUGCCCCCAUCACACUCAUUGCUCCCUUAGGUUGUAUGUCUGUUACAGGUAGCGCUGUUAUUUCUGUUAUUUUCCUGAAAGAAAAUUUGAGAGCUUCAGACUUACUGGGUAUGACAUUGGCAUUUGCAGGAACAUACUUAUUGGUGAAUUUCGCUCCAAAUAUAACCCAGGCGAUCUCAGCAAGAACAAUACAGUAUUUCUUUGUUGGCUGGCAGUUCAUGAUCUACAUGAUUUUAGAAAUACUGAUUUUCUGCGUGCUCCUGUAUUUCCAUAAAAGAAAGGGGAUCGAGCACAUUGUGAUCCUUCUAUCCCUGGUGGCGCUUCUAGCGUCGUUGACGGUGAUUUCAGUAAGGGCGGUCGCCAGCAUGAUCACAUUCUCUGUGACGGAUAACACGCAGCUCACUUAUCCCAUCUUCUAUAUCAUGUGCAUCGUCAUGAUAGCAUCUUGUGUUUUCCAAGUCAAGUUCCUCAGUCAAGCCACGAAACUCCACGACACAGCCACGGUGGUGCCAGUGAACCACGUUUUCUUUACAACCAGUGCCAUUAUCGCAGGUAUCAUAUUUUACCAGGAAUUCCUGGGUGCAGCUUUUCUCACUAUAUUUAUAUAUCUUUUCGGGUGUUUUCUGUCGUUCCUUGGAGUGUGGUUGGUCACAAGAAAUCGAGAAAAGGAACAUCCACAACAGUCUUACAUUGACAUUGGAAAUAUUCCCGGGAAACAAUCGUUGGACAAAAUACAACCCGAUCCAAAUGGCUUCUCCUAUGGGACUUUGCCUGAUGGAAGCGACUCAACACGGAGCCAAAGUGGAGAGAAGAAAGAGGUCUAAAAUGCCGAGAGGGACGGCUGUUGGCUUGCUACUUGAUACCACCUUUCUAAAGCAUUGCACAUGUUCAAUUUGUGUCAGCAGCUAUUUUACGCUGACAUGUGCUAGCAGGAGUCUCAGUCCUUUACCCCACCUCCAUGUCUACAGACAAGCAGGGCCUUCCCAGCUCUGACAGCCUAAUGUUUCCAUGGGAUGUAAUUUGAGGUCUUCUCCACACCCUGGCCCUCUCCCUAGUGAGCAUCCAAACGGUUAGAUCUUAAUUACAGCCUGGCUGCUGGGACAGGAGUGUCACACAAAUAUGUGCACUCGUGACUUGGCCAUCGCACGCCUAGGUUGACUCUCCCGUGUGUCUCUUUUCUUGAGAUACACCCCGAGUUCUACAUCCUCAGUCCUGAAUGAAGGGUUCUAGGACAACGUUCAUGAGGUUCCCCUGGGACAGCGAGAGCUCACCUUUCUGCUCCUCACUCAGAAUGGUGAGUCAGCUCCAUCUUCCGAAAUCCCGCCCUCCUUUCGUCUUCAUCCUCCCUGGAAAAUUAAGGGUUGCCUUAAAAUGAUAAUUCGUAAGGAACCUUCUGUGAUGUUGUAGACCACAACUGAAAGAAAGCCCUGGGCUGGUGGAGCUUCUAAGCUGAAAAGAGGGAAAGUUUCAAGAUUUAGAACCUUUUUUCCCCUCCCAGAAUAAAACUAUAGAAUGAUAA